AUGGCAGACGAUAUAGAGACAACUUUCCAGGCCGCCAUUGACGCUGGGAAAAUCAACGGCGCUGUGGUUUGUGCCACGGACACCGAGGGUCGCUUUACUUACAACAAGGCUCUCGGCGAGCGGACCUUGCUGUCCGGCGAGAAACGACCGCAGCAACUUGACGAUGUGCUGUACCUGGCCUCAGCCACAAAGCUAGUCACCACCAUUGCUGCCCUGCAAUGUGUCGAGGAUGGCCUGCUGACCCUCACCGGCGACCUUUCGUCCAUCGCACCCGAGCUCGCUGCCAAGCAAGUUAUCACCGGGUUCUCUGACGACGGCGAAACCCCUCUGCUCGAACCGCCAGCCCGCCCCAUCACGCUCGAGAUGCUGCUCACGCAUAGCUCAGGCAUCAACUAUCAUUUUAUUGACCCGAAAGUUGCCCGAUGGCGCGAGAAGUUCGGCUCCUGGCAAGAAGAAAAGCUCAAAACCGUCGAGGAGCUCUUCAACUACCCGCUCAGUUUCCAGCCCGGCUCCGGCUGGAUGUACGGGCCGGGGCUUGACUGGGCUGGCCGCAUAGUGGAGCGAGUCACGGGUAAGACGCUGCUUGAGCGUAUGCAGCAGCGCAUCUUCGACCCGCUCGGAAUACAUGACGCCCAAUUCUAUCCGGUUACGCGCGAGGACCUGCGUGCUCGUCUCGUCGACCUCAACCCAGACGACCCUGAUGCCGUCGGCCGCGCUGUAAUCGGCGGAGGUGACAUGAACAAAACCACGCGUGGGGACUUUGGUGGCCAUGGCCUAUUUAUGUCAGGCGCCAGCUUCGGCAAGGUUCUUCACUCGUUGCUGUCCAACGACAAUAAACUGCUCUGCUCCGCCACCGUCGAUGACAUGUUCCAGCACCACCUGGAUCCCCAAGCAACUGGGGGUCAUCAAGCUGCGCUGGCGAGUCGGAUGGGAGCCUUCUUCCGUGUUGGUCUCGGGCUGGAGACGAGGCUGGGUUACGGGCUGGGUGGUCUGUUGACGCUGCAGGAUAUCGAUGGCUGGUAUGGUGAGCGGACGCUGGCUUGGGGCGGCGGCAUUAGUCUGGCAUGGUUCAUUGAUCGGACGAACGGUUUGUGUGGUGUCGGCGCUGUCCAGGCCUCGCUGCCACUUGACCAUGACGUGGUGAAUUCGUUGAAGCAGACCUUCCGUCACGACAUUUAUCGCAAGCAUGCCGCAUGGAAGGAACAGAAGCAACCAUAG